UUUCCUUGUGGAACUGUCCAGAGUGCUGGCAAAUCCAGGAAACAGUCAGGUUGCCAGAGUUGCAGCUGGUCUACAAAUCAAGAACUCUUUGACAUCUAAGGACCCAGACAUCAAGGCACAAUAUCAACAGAGAUGGCUUGCUAUUGAUGCUAAUGCUCGACGGGAAGUCAAGAACUAUGUUUUGCAGACUUUGGGCACCGAGACCUACCGACCUAGCUCUGCCUCUCAGUGUGUGGCUGGUAUUGCCUGUGCGGAGAUCCCAGUGAACCAGUGGCCAGAACUCAUUCCUCAGUUGGUGGCCAAUGUCACAAACCCCAACAGCACAGAGCACAUGAAAGAGUCCACAUUGGAAGCUAUUGGUUACAUUUGCCAGGACAUAGACCCAGAGCAGCUACAGGAUAAAUCCAAUGAGAUCCUGACCGCCAUAAUCCAGGGAAUGAGGAAGGAAGAGCCUAGUAAUAAUGUGAAGCUAGCAGCUACCAAUGCGCUCCUGAACUCCUUAGAGUUCACCAAGGCGAACUUCGACAAAGAGUCCGAAAGGCACUUUAUUAUGCAGGUGGUCUGUGAAGCCACGCAGUGUCCCGACACGAGGGUGCGCGUGGCCGCGUUGCAGAACCUGGUGAAGAUAAUGUCCUUGUACUACCAGUACAUGGAGACGUACAUGGGCCCUGCUCUUUUUGCUAUCACAAUUGAAGCAAUGAAAAGUGAUAUUGAUGAGGUGGCACUACAAGGGAUCGAGUUCUGGUCCAACGUCUGUGAUGAGGAAAUGGAUCUGGCCAUUGAGGCUUCAGAGGCAGCAGAACAAGGGCGGCCCCCUGAGCACACCAGCAAGUUUUAUGCGAAGGGAGCACUGCAGUACCUGGUUCCCAUCCUCACACAGACACUAACUAAACAGGAUGAAAAUGAUGACGACGAUGACUGGAAUCCCUGCAAAGCAGCAGGCGUGUGCCUCAUGCUUCUGGCCACUUGCUGUGAAGAUGACAUCGUCCCACAUGUCCUUCCCUUUAUUAAAGAGCACAUCAAGAAUCCCGAUUGGCGGUACCGGGAUGCAGCAGUGAUGGCUUUUGGCAGUAUUUUGGAAGGACCAGAGCCCAAUCAGCUCAAACCACUAGUGAUACAGGCUAUGCCUACCCUAAUAGAGUUAAUGAAAGACCCCAGUGUCGUCGUUCGAGAUACCACUGCGUGGACUGUGGGUAGGAUUUGUGAACUGCUCCCCGAAGCUGCCAUCAAUGAUGUCUACUUGGCUCCCCUGAUGCAGUGUCUGAUUGAGGGCCUUAGUGCUGAACCCAGAGUGGCUUCAAAUGUGUGCUGGGCUUUCUCCAGUCUGGCUGAAGCUGCUUAUGAAGCUGCAGAUGUAGCUGAUGACCAGGAAGAACCGGCUACCUAUUGUUUAUCUUCCUCAUUUGAACUCAUCGUUCAGAAGCUUCUGGAGACCACAGAUCGGCCGGAUGGACACCAGAACAACCUGCGGAGUGCUGCCUAUGAGUCUCUCAUGGAAAUUGUGAAAAACAGUGCCAAGGAUUGUUACCCUGCAGUUCAGAAAACGACUCUGGUCAUCAUGGAGCGGCUGCAGCAAGUACUUCAGAUGGAGUCACACAUUCAGAGCACAUCUGAUAGGAUCCAGUUCAAUGACCUUCAGUCUUUACUGUGCGCCACUCUGCAGAAUGUUCUCCGGAAAGUGCAGCAUCAAGAUGCUUUGCAGAUUUCUGAUGUGGUCAUGGCCUCCUUGUUAAGGAUGUUCCAGAGCACCGCUGGGUCUGGGAGAGUACAGGAGGAUGCCCUGAUGGCAGUUAGCACACUGGUGGAAGUGCUGGGUGGUGAAUUCCUAAAGUACAUGGAAGCCUUUAAGCCCUUCCUGGGCAUUGGAUUGAAAAAUUAUGCUGAGUACCAGGUUUGUUUGGCAUCGGUGGGCAUAGUGGGCGACUUGUGCCGGGCCCUGCAGUCUAACAUCCUACCUUUCUGUGAUGAAGUGAUGCAGCUGCUCCUGGAGAAUUUGGGGAAUGAGAAUGUCCACAGGUCUGUGAAGCCACAGAUCCUGUCGGUGUUUGGUGAUAUUGCCCUUGCUAUUGGUGGAGAGUUUAAGAAAUACCUUGAGGUUGUAUUGAACACUCUUCAGCAGGCCUCCCAAGCCCAGGUGGACAAGUCAGACUAUGACAUGGUGGAUUAUCUGAAUGAGCUAAGGGAAGGCUGCUUGGAAGCCUAUACUGGAAUCGUCCAGGGAUUGAAAGGAGAUCAGGAGAACGUACACCCCGAUGUGAUGCUGGUCCAGCCCAGAGUAGAGUUUAUUCUGUCUUUCAUUGACCACAUUGCCGGCGAUGAGGAUCAUACGGAUGGAGUGGUGGCUUGUUCUGCUGGUCUGAUAGGGGAUUUAUGUACAGCGUUUGGGAAGGAUGUACUGAAAUUAAUAGAAGCUAGGCCCAUGAUCCAUGAACUGUUAACUGAAGGACGGAGAUCGAAGACUAACAAAGCAAAAACCCUUGCUACAUGGGCAACAAAAGAACUGAGGAAACUGAAGAACCAAGCUUGAUCUGUUACCAUUGGGAUGAUAACCUGAGACCCCCACUGGAAAUCUCCAAUCUUUUGAAAAACCCGGAAGUGAGGAGUGUGCACGGAUGCUGAAUGUUUGGGAAUGAGAGGAUGAGUGAGUGAGGCUUGAAAACACCACAUUGAACAUCCUGCCGCCGCCGCAGCAGCCGCCGCAGCCACAACAGCAGCGCUGUUAGUGAGCUCAGUAAGCACUGACUUCGUAGAAAACCCUAACAUCGGCCAUCUUGGAAAAGAGGAAAAAUGAUGGAUUUACUUUUUUUUUUUUUUUUAAGGAAAAAAAAAAAGGAAGAAAGCUAUGUCUUCCCAGGAGACGCUAGAACUAGCUUUCCUGUCUUUUGGCCGGUGCUGAGUGGAAUGUCUGGUUUGGGAGAGGAGGGACUAGGUUCAGCAGUGGUGCGUGGUUGUAAAAGGCAGCCUGGCCUUUGCUACUGAUGAGAAAGAUGGAGCCUGGGUCUCCAGCCCGCCUUCAGUGUACCUUUGCCACAUGGUACUGUGCACAUGCUGGCCAGAAGGAGGGUGAGGGCGUCUUUUCAGUCUGAGAAUGAGUGUGUGUGAGUGAGGCGGUAUCCACAUUCUCAACUUCAAGUCAUUGCAGUUUCUCCCCC